UUUUAACCGGGAGAUUGAACGGAACGCGUCUCGAGAGAUCGAAAGAUUUUGAUAAGAUUCAAAAAUACGCGAGAAAGAGAGAGAGAGAGAGAGAGAAAGAAAGAAAGAAGGAAGGAAAGAGAGAGUAACAAAUAGGUCGAGUUUACUCGAUUAGUUCAACCAAAUUAGUAUAUAUGUGUCUCGAAAGUGAUAAGAAUGUCAACGAGUGUGCCAAUUCUCGUCUAUUAUGAAACCUUAAUGCCACGAUCGAUAAUCGAUAAUACGAUUUUAAUCUAUUCCCGAUGUUGUAAUUAUAUAUAUUUCGAUUAAAUUUCUUUUCGUUAUUUCAUUCGAUUGAAGAUUGACACGCGAACACGGAUGUGCCUACUUGUUUGAGUAUUCCAAACAAAAAAAGAAAGAAAGAAAGAAAGAAAGAAAGAAGAUUAUUGUUCUAAGAAAAACGGCAAAGUAACGUGAACAGUGUGUUUUAUCGUUUGAAUGAAAAGUGUUAAAAGAGAGAGAGAUUACUGAAUUUCUAUAGAAUAUUAUCUUAGAAAGUAGGUAAUAUAAGUUUGAAAAAUGCAUAUUAGAAGAUCAAUAAUGUUGGGAAAUGUAAUCUGGUUCGUUGCCAUUCUCAUGUUAAUCGAUUCAACUAGAUCGGAACUAUUGAAUUACGAUAAACUUUACUCCUUCGCUAAAACAUUUCAUUUGGAUCAAUUGAUAUCAACAACGAAUACAACGGAUAACGAACUUUGGCAUGGUUUGUUGAAGGAUUGUAAAAAGAAAGUGACCUUUUCGUGUAUUCAAAAAAAUGCGUACAGUUAUUUGGACGGUACAUUCAGUGAUCAAAAUAAUAUCACGAUAUUCGAUGGUUUAACGCUUACGAAAAAUAAUUUAAAUUAUGGUACGUGUGGGAUAGGAAAUAAUGAUCGGAGGAGUAUCGAUGAGAAUCUGAUAGAUGAUGAUAGAUCUAUGAACAAAAAUUGCGAGUUGGAGGAUGACGAAAACGAUGAUAAAGAAAACGAUGCGAAUGGUACGAGAAGACGUGGUAGAAUGAUGGAUGAACGACCUAAAUCACCGUUGGAAGAAAUAACCGAUGCACUUAGGCAAAAAGCUAUGAAAUUUUUGGUUACGAGAAAUUACGAGAUUGAAUUGCCUAAAAUUUUGUUCGAAGGUACAACGAUGAAGAUAAGUCCACGACAAAUUGACGAUACCGGUGCACUAAUUAGAUUAGAUUUCAACCAAGGUAGUGGUGUCAGUAACGAGGGAAGAAUAUUUAAGAAAAUAAAAAAAUUCAUACAGAACAAAUUGAUAUUUAGUUUUAUAGCAUUGAUAUUGAUCAUCAAAUUGAUCAAAGUGAAAUUUUUAUUCGUAAUACCAUUCUUAUUCGGAGUUGGUGCUGCAAAGAAAUUAUUCUUAAAAUUAUUACUCUUCCUUAUACCACCGUUUGCUCAUAUAUUUAAAUUGUGCUCGAGUUUCUAUACGUCACAUGGACCGAAAUAUCAUCAUCACCAUCAUCAGAUUGCCCAUCAUCAUCACCACGUUCCCGUUCCAGUACCGGUACCAGCUUACUAUGAUCACCAUCAUCAUCACGAAGAUGAUUUCAAUGGUUAUGAUUACGCUCAUCCCCAUAUACAAUAUCGGAAAGACGUGGAAGAAUUGAAAGAGUGGGGUAUCGAGCCGUACGAUGAUUUAUACGAGGAUACAACAAACAAACACGUUCCUGGUGUUUUACCAGCACCAAUGAAUAAUCCAAUUUCUGAAUAUCCAACAGGAACUAAUUACAAUAAUCAAUAUGGUAUUCCCCAAUAUGCAGCAAAUGUUAGACCAGUUGUAGUUUCACCAUCGUACAAAGACAAAUAUCCUCUUUCGAUCUCAGCUCACGCACAUAAUUUGGCCUACUCGGGAUACCUCGAUGACAAAUACAAUCGUCGUGUUGUCGAACCCAAUGGUAUAUCUACUUCCGUUAAGUCUGUCAACGUUCUACCGGGUGUUCCAGUAAAACAACCAAUAACGAACGUGAAGAAAAAUACUUACGGGAUUCUAAGUCAAGCUAAUGUUAGACAGGCUGCAACUGUACCGAGGAUAAACAAGGUCGUUGCUACUUCGAAAAAUUCAAUCGUCUCGUCGUCGUCAGUUACGCAGACAUACGACGAUGAUUAUUACGGACCUAUAAUUAAUCGUUUGGAAGAUAUUUUUGCACAAUUGAGAUUCUUCGAUGAAUCUUGCCGCGAGAGGCUCAUUUGCAGCAUGUACAAAAAUCCAACCGUUUACUCACCUCACAGUAAUCUAGUCUCGAACGAAUUAUCCAGAGAUCCGCAAGAAUUGAAACGUGGCACGUUGGAGAGUGCUUCAAGUCAAAAGUUUCAUAAAUAUUUGAACGCUGCUAGAAUAGGUCAAGAUCGUGGCGAUUGCGUACGAACGUAUCCCUGUCACAUAAAUACGGAAUAAAAUAUUAUUUAAUUUUGUAACACACACCUGUGUGUCUUUAUGUGUGUGUGUGUGUGCGUGUGGUUUAUUAUGAUACAAUAAAUAAAGAUGUAUGUGCAUCUCAUCUAGCGGUAAUUAGAUAAUCUGUGUGAGAAACUUAUAUGCGUGGCACGUUAUUCUAACUUUCCAUGAAGUUAGACGACGCGUUUAAACCAGUGAAGUGUUUGCUCGUUCCUCGAUACACGACGUUUUAUAUUUUAACAAUAUUGCCAUGAUUAAUGUUAAGUGUGAAAAUAUUCCAUGUAAAAAAAAAAAUUAUACCCUUUCCAUAACACCAGUUUCUAUCGAAUCUGACGAUAAUUUAGAUUCGAUCCAUCGUUACAGCGAUGUCUCACGUUAUUUUUAAUAAUAUCAUUGUCAAUGCCGAGUAUUAAUUAAUUUCAUUCAUCUAAUUUGUUUUGUAUAAAUGUAUGAAUUUAAAAAUAUUUAGCCUUGACAAGAUAUCGCUAAUUCGUUAGAUAUUACACCAACAGGUAUAUAUAAUAUUAUGUGAUUUUUAUAUAAUAAGAUUU